AUGACUCGCUGGUCUCAUCUGGCUCUCGUGCCACUCCUACCUCAGGUGCUGGUCGCAACGCCUGUUACGGAUGGAGAGUCAAACCCUGUGCAAUUGAACCCACGCGACGAUGCCGAUUAUUCUUCGCCGCCAUACUAUCCCACCCCGCACGGGGGUUGGGUAUCAGACUGGUCAGAUGCCUACGAGAAAGCGUACCAGGUUGUCAGUAACAUGACACUGGCGGAAAAGGUGAACCUUACCACCGGAACAGGGUUCUUCAUGGGGCCUUGUGUCGGUCAGACUGGAAGUGCGCCGCGAUUCGGCAUCCCGAAUCUGUGCUUACAGGACUCCCCGUUGGGAAUUCGGGAGACGGAUCAUAUCACUGCAUUUCCGGCAGGGAUCACGGUUGGUGCGACCUUCAAUAAACAAUUGAUGUAUGAUCGGGGUGUUGGGAUCGGUCAAGAAGCCCGAGGCAAGGGUGUCAAUGUUCAAUUGGGCCCAGUUGUUGGACCUCUCGGGCGCAAGCCCCGAGGGGGUCGUAAUUGGGAAGGUUUUGGCGCAGACCCGACUCUUCAAGCUAUUGGAGGUGCCCAAACUAUCAAGGGAAUGCAAAGCACCGGCGCCAUUGCGGCACUGAAGCACUUUAUUGGAUACGAGCAAGAGAUGUAUCGGAUGAGCAGCAUUAUUACAAAAGGCUAUUCAUCCAAUAUUGAUGAUCGUACCCUUCAUGAACUUUACCUUUGGCCUUUUGCAGAAGGUGUUCGUGUUGGUGUGGGCUCAAUGAUGACUUCGUAUAACGAUGUGAAUAGCUCGGCCUGUAGCCAGAACAGCAAGCUCCUUAACGAUAUCCUUAAGAACGAACUUGGCUUCCAAGGCUUUGUUAUGACGGACUGGCUGGGUCACUACAGUGGCGUGGGAUCCGCUCUUGCUGGCCUCGACAUGUCUAUGCCGGGCGAUGGCUCUGUGCCAUUGCUUGGGGACAGUUAUUGGGCCUACGAUCUAUCUCGAUCCGUUCUCAAUGGCAGUGUCCCACUCGAUCGUCUUAAUGAUAUGGUGACUCGGAUCGUCGCGACCUGGUAUCAAUUUGGUCAAGAUAAAGACUACCCUCUACCUAAUUUCUCUUCUAACACCGACGCCGAAACUGGGGAGCUUUACCCCGGGGCUCUCUUUUCUCCUACUGGCGUCGUCAAUCAAUACGUCAAUGUUCAGGGAGAUCACAAUAUCACUGCUCGUGCUGUUGCACGCGAGGCCAUCACCCUUCUCAAGAAUGAGGAUAAUGUACUUCCCUUAAGCUACAACGACUCCCUUAAGGUCUUUGGCACGGAUGCCGGGUCAAACUCUGGUGGAUUGAACUCAUGCACUGACCAAAGUUGCGAUAAAGGUGUUUUGACCAUGGGAUGGGGCAGUGGCUCCGCAAGCUUGCCGUAUCUCAUCACACCUCAAGAGGCCAUCGCAAAUGUCUCCCAGAACGCGGUCUUCUAUAUUACCGACUCUUUCCCAUCUGAUAUCACCACCAAUACCGACGAUAUUGCGAUAGUCUUUAUCAAUGCUGACUCCGGGGAAAACUCCUACACCGUUGACGGUAACCCCGGAGACCGACUUGUGGCAGGCCUAAAUGCCUGGCACAACGGCGAUAAACUGGUCAAAGCAGCAGCGGAGAAGUUUUCAAAUGUUGUCGUUGUAAUUCACACGGUCGGCCAAAUUGUGAUGGAAGAGUGGAUUGAGCUAGACUCCGUCAAAUCAGUCCUUGUGGCCCAUCUCCCGGGUCAGGAAGCAGGUGACUCGCUAGUGGACGUUCUUUUUGGCGACUACAGCCCAAGCGGUCAUAUGCCGUACACGGUCCCAAAAAGCGAGUCCGACUAUCCAGAUAGUGUGAGUAUCAUUGAUCAGCCGCUUGGGCAAAUUCAGGAUACUUUCACCGAAGGUCUUUAUAUCGAUUAUCGCCAUUUCCUCCAAGCCAAUAUCACUCCACGGUAUCCCUUCGGCCACGGACUGUCAUACACCACAUUCAACUUUUCAGGUCCUUCUCUGUCAGUAGUAACGGCAAUCGACAGUACUUAUCCUCCGACAAGACCCUCUCAAGGAGCCACACCAACAUAUAAUACCUCCAUUCCCGAUCCUUCCGAAGUGGCAUGGUCAUCGACUAGCUUUACUCGCAUUUGGCGUUACCUUUACCCAUACCUCGAACUCCCGCAGUUAAUCACUGCAUCAGACGACUAUCCUUAUCCCGAUGGCUACAAUACUACACAGCAGCCCGGGGUGCGCGCCGGUGGUGGCCAAGGUGGUAACCCAGCCCUAUAUGACAUUGCAUUCUCGAUCGAUGUUACGGUCACAAACACAGGAAACCGACGAGGAAAGGCUGUUGCACAGCUAUACGUGGAGCUUCCAUCCAGCUUGGGUCUCGAUACUCCAUCCCGUCAACUGCGCCAGUUCGAGAAGACCGAAGAAUUGGCUGCUGGUCAGAGUGAGACUUUGACGCUUGAAAUCACUCGGAAGGAUCUCAGUGUCUGGGAUGUUGUUGUGCAGGACUGGAUGGCACCUGUCAAUGGCGAGGGAAUCAAUAUUUGGAUUGGUCAUAGUGUUGGUGAUCUUCCAGUGCUUUGUUCAGUCGGUACAGGAUGCUCCGUUUCUUGA